AUGACCGAUCCAAUGAAGACCCUAGACUCAGGCCGGCCCAAGCCAGCCGCCGUAUCGCAAAGGGUCUACGCCAUUGCUGGAAUUUCAGUCACAGUCUUUGGACUCGAAGAGCUUUCUUCGCAGGCCACCGAGGUAGCCUGUCUCUGGCUGUUGCAUCCUCGUUUGGCAACCCAAGAGCGAAUGACUGAUAUCGCCGCAUCUACCAUUACCGACUGGAACACCAAGACCAAUGAGACCCCAACCGCUAAAGGUCUCAUUGCCGUCUCAUUUGAUCAGCGUAAUCAUGGUACCAGAAUGGUAGAUCCACUGGCUAAUGAGGCCUGGCGACAAGGCAAUCCGCGUCAUGCACAGGACAUGUUUUCUAUCUUCCAGGGAACUGCAAGGGAUACUUCUUUAUUAAUGGACUACCUUGCUGCAUUCGUUUUCCCGAAUGGCGAGCAUAAAAUCUCCGAGAAUUUAGUUCUGGGUGUGUCCCUUGGCGGACAUGCCGCUUGGAGCUGCCUGUUGCACGAGCCUCGCAUCAGCGCGGGUGUGGUUAUCAUUGGUUGUCCCGAUUAUCUAAAUUUGAUGGUGGAUCGUGCACGACUGUCGAAACUACCCUCUUGGACAAAGAGCGAUCCACCAGGAGCUGAGAUCCUGGGCUCCGAGGCCUUGCCCGCUUCAUUUGUGGAUAUCGUCAAACAAUAUGAUCCUGCCAGUCUUAUGCUCAAGCAUGUGAAGAGUGCACCUGGCCCAUUGCGUGAUGGAAUCUUGCCUGCACCCACGGAUCAGGAACAGCAGGAGCUUCGUCCUUUGCUGACACGAUGCCUGGCGGGCAAGCGUAUCCUGAACUUGUCUGGCGGUGUUGACAAGCUUGUACCAUACCACCGAGGUGAAGCCUUUUUGACAUGGUUCAAGAGUGCAAUUUCAUCCAAUGGCUGGUUUGGGGAUGGUGCAGUCACGUUUGAGGAUAUAAUUGACCAGGCAGCAGGCCACGAGGUUACUCCUAAGAUGGUUAAUGAGGCUGUUCGGUUCAUCAGCGAGACAUUGGCAAUCAAUGAGAGCAACAAGGAGCGUAGGGGUUCGGUGCGGGAAUCUAAGAUCUAA